AUGGCGGAGCGCGCUGGGAAGCGGCCGUGCGGUCCGAAUGAACACGGCCAAAGGAUUGAGUGGCGGAAGUGGAAGAAGCAGAAGAAAGAGGAGCAAAAGAAAUGGAAGGACCUCAAACUGAUGAAGAAGCUGGAGCGUCAGCGGGCUCAGGAGGAGCAGGCGAGGCGCCAGCAGGAGGAGGAGGCGGCUGCCCAGAGGGACGACCGCGGGCGACCCUACACGCUGAGCGUGGCCCUGCCGGGCUCCAUCCUGGAUAAUGCCCAGUCCCCAGAGCUCCGCACCUACCUGGCUGGCCAGGUGGCCAGGGCCUGCACCAUUUUCCGGGUGGACGAGAUCGUGGUGUUCGAUGAAGAAGGCCAGGAUAGCAAGACCGUGGAGGGGGAAUUCCGGGGCGUCGGGAAGAAGGGGCAGGCAUGCGUGCAGCUUGCCCGGAUCCUGCAGUACCUGGAGUGUCCCCAGUACCUGAGAAAGGCCUUCUUCCCCAAGCACCAGGACCUGCAGUUCGCGGGCCUCCUGAACCCCCUGGACAGCCCUCACCACGUGCGGCAGGACGAGGAGGCCGAGUUCCGAGAGGGCGUCGUGGUGGACAGGCCCACCCGGCCCGGCCACGGCUCCUUUGUCAACUGUGGUCUGAGGAAGGAAGUGAAGAUUGACCGGAACCUGGAGCCGGGACUCCGGGUGACCGUGCGGCUGGACCCGAAGCAGCUCCCAGAGUGCAAGAACUACCGCGGCAAGGUCGUGUCCUCGCAGGACCCCCGCGCCAAGGCAGGUCUCUACUGGGGCUACACCGUGCGACUGGCCUCCUGCCUCAGUGCGGUGUUCGCCGAGGCCCCCUUCCAGGACGGGUAUGACCUGACCAUCGGCACGUCGGAGCGCGGCUCGAGCGUGGCCUCCGCCCAGCUGCCCAACUUCCGGCAUGCCCUGGUGGUCUUUGGGGGCCUGCAGGGGCUGGAAGCGGCUGUCGAUGCGGACCCCAACCUGGACGUGGCGGAACCCAGCGUCCUCUUUGACCUGUACGUGAACACCUGCCCCGACCAGGGCAGCCGCACUAUCCGCACAGAGGAGGCCAUCCUCAUCUCCCUGGCCGCCCUGCAGCCCGGCCUUACCCAGGCGGGUGCCCAGCCCAGGACAGCGGAGACAGACGCUGCGAGACUCGCAUGAGAAGCGGCCACCUUUAAUGUCCUCUCAGUUCCUGGUUGGGC